ACAGAGGGAAAAGUCCUCCAGCCAUAACAUUAGUUUAAACAUGUUCUUUAGCUCCUGUAUUUCAAACUUUUAAGUUGAAUUCUACCAUGAAGCAAACAUGAUUUGACAGGCAGGGUGGGAAGAGCGGGCGCUCUUUUAAUGCUUGAUGGGCUUGCGGAGCCUGCAUGGUUUCCUGCCGUUUCAUGUAUUGGUUUAAAACUCAGGUGAAAAAACCAAUUACUGCUGCAGCUUUUACAGACCUGAAAUCAAGUAUGCCAAAAAAGGAUGAUGGGGAGGCUGGUAUAGCACUUGUAGGUGUACACUCAGAGUACCCUAAAUUCAACGACGAAAUGAACAAAGAUGAAAAAGCAGGAGAAAAUAGCGGAUUGUCACAUCGCCUUGGAAGACGGAAAACGUUAUUUGAGAAACGUAAGCGAAUCAGCGACUAUGCUCUAGUGAUGGGAAUGUUUGGAAUUGUAACUAUGGUGAUAGAAAACGAAUUAUCCUCAGCCGGUGUUUAUGGGAAGGAGGACUUCUACUCAACUGCCUUAAAAGUUCUAAUAUCUGCGUCCACAGCUGUCCUUCUUGGACUUAUCCUAGCUUAUCAUUCUUUGGAAAUACAGUUAUUUAUGAUCGACAACUGUGCUGAUGACUGGAGAAUAGCUAUGACAUGGCAACGACUAAUGCAGGUUGGAAUGGAACUGGUAGUAUGUGCAGUACAUCCAAUACCUGGAAAAUUCUUCUUUCUCUGGACUACCAAACUAUCUAAUCAUGGGGGGAAAAUAGGGUCUCAGUGGGUUCCAGUUGAUGUUACUCUGUCUCUGCCGAUGUUUUUGCGUCUCUACCUAAUCUGCAGGGUGAUGUUGCUCCACAGUAAGCUGUUCACUGAUGCUAGUUCUAGAAGUAUCGGAGCCCUAAACAGGAUCAAUUUCAACACAAGGUUUGUUCUGAAGACUCUGAUGACCAUUUGCCCGGGCACAGUUCUCCUCGUCUUCAUGGUCACACUCUGGAUCAUUGCCAGCUGGACACUCCGCCAGUGUGAAAGGUAUCAUGAUGAGGAGCAUGCGAACCUGCUGAACACGAUGUGGUUAAUCGCCAUCACGUUCCUAAGUGUUGGAUACGGAGAUAUAGUUCCUAAUACCUACUGUGGACGGGGUAUAGCUGUUACAACGGGAAUGAUGGGUGCUGGGUGUACUGCUCUACUGGUAGCUGUUGUAUCCCGAAAGCUUGAGCUGACCAGAGCAGAGAAACAUGUUCAUAACUUCAUGAUGGAUACACAACUCACAAAACGAUUGAAAAAUGCUGCUGCUAACGUACUGCGUGAGACCUGGUUGAUCUAUAAACAUACCAAGCUAGUGAAACGUGUUGUCUCCAGUAGGGUCAGAACACAUCAGAGAAAGUUCCUACUCGCCAUAUACGCGCUCCGGAAAGUGAAGAUGGACCAAAGAAAGCUGAUGGACAAUGCAAACACAAUCACGGAUAUGGCAAAGACCCAGAACUCAGUCUACGAGAUAGUGAGUGAUGUGAGUUCUCGGCAGGAUAUUAUGGAUGAACGUUUAGCUACACUGGAGGAUAAGAUUGCUAAUAUUCAAGUUACACUUGAUCUCCUACCAGAUACACUUACCAGAGUGCUCUAUCACCACCAGGUUAGACAGAGUAUGUGUAAAGAGAAGUUUGAUCAGGAGCCGGAGAAUGUACCAGUCCUAGGGCAUAUUUCAUCCAGCAGAUCUUGUCCUCAAAAUCCCUGGGGGCAUCAUUCAGCCCAGCAGCAGCAGCAAGCCCAAUACCAACUAAACACACCCAACAACAUAAACACUUUCCCCUCUCCGGGGAACCAUCUUCAGAGUAAAAAGGUGCUGUCUCAGAACUCAGUUGAUUGUCAGCAGAAGGGUGGGUUGGGUGUUCCCUCCGUUCUUCUCUCUCAGUCCCGUACUCCUCCACCCUACACGGAGCAGCAUAGAACAAAUCUAAACUACUCAGACUCUCAUAAAAGUGAUUCCUAUCAUGAUGACGAGGAACGUAUAGCUCCGCCCUAUACGGAGCUGGGACGAACCCCUCACUACCCGCCCCUAGGUUCCACUCCUUCCUUCCAUCAGAAGAAUAGUUUAAGCUGAAAUUUACUCGAACCCGUCCAAGUUACAACUCCAAGUACACUUCCUAAAAAGACACAUUACAAGUGCACGGAAGUGUGAGAAGUCUUUUUACCGAAACUUUAGUGAUUUUAUAUCUUUAAAAUGAGUGUAAAAAGACUGAUUAAUUUCUAUUUUAUAGUUGUUGUUGAUGCGUCCAAAUAUUACAAGUGUGUGCUAUAUUUCUCUUCAAACUGUAUGUUUAUAACGAAGCUGUUAUUCAUGUUCACAUCAACAUUUACACAUAUUUUUAUAUUCUAUAUCUAGCCAGUAAAUCAUUCAUAAAACAAGUUAUCUCGA